CAUAUAAAAACUUAUGUGGGCAACCAGUCCAUCCUACUACUCUAUAGUUCGGUACUAGAAUCUUUGUUUUGCUGCCAUCAACAUCACACACUGAAACUUGCGAGCAAAAGGAGAUCAAAGGAAGAGACCAUCAUAUCAGCUGGGGAGAUGAAGGCACCUCUGCACCCCUCCUCACCGGCCUCCGCCGCCUUCUUGUGCAAGAAGGCGCGGUUGUCGCCGUUGCUCCUGGUGUCUCUGCUCUUCAUGCUCCUCUUCUCCUUCCUCUACGGAGAAGAGCUCACGGCGCUCAUCAGCCAGCAAGCUCGAGCUUGGCCACGCCUCAACAUCCACAACGACGACAGUGAUCAUCAGCCCGUGGCACCACCGCCGCCGGCCCGUCACAACGACGACAGUGAUCAUCUACGGAAGAAGAAGUGGGAGGGGAGGCUGCCGUUCGCGGUGAACGAUGAGGACGAGGACGAAGAGUGCGAAUUGUUCUCGGGGAGCUGGGUGUGGGACGAGGAGGCGCACCCACUGUACCGGGAGGAGGACUGCCCUUACAUCCAGCCGCAGCUCGCCUGCCAGGCGCAUGGCCGCCCGGACAAGGCCUACCGGUCCUGGCGCUGGCAGCCGCACGACUGCACACUCCCAGUGUUCAACGCGACGCUGAUGCUGGAGACCCUUCGGGACAAGCGGAUGAUGUUCGUGGGCGACUCGCUGAACCGCGGGCAGUUCACGUCCAUGGUGUGCCUCCUGCAGUCGGCCAUCCCGUCCGCCGACGCCAAGUCCUUCGAGAUGUCCCCCGACCAGCAGCACACCGUGUUCACCGCCAGGGCCUACAACGCCACGGUGGAGUUCUACUGGGCGCCCUUCCUGCUGCAGUCCAACGCCGACGACGCCGUCGUGCACCGGAUCUCCGACCGCACCGUGCGCAACGGCUCCAUCGCCCACCACGGCCGCCACUGGAAGGGCGCACACGUCCUCGUCUUCAACACUUACCUCUGGUGGUGCUCCGGCCUCCGCUUCCGGAUCAUGAACGGGCCGAUCGAGGAGGCGGCGAACACGGAGUCGACGGUGUGGGUAUCGACGGAGGAGGCGUACGGCAUGGCGUUCCGGGACAUGCUGCAGUGGACGAGGGACAACAUGGACUUCAACAAGACAAGAGUCUUCUUCACCAGCAUGUCGCCCACCCACGGCAAGAGCCAGGACUGGGGCGGCGCGGCAGGGGGCAACUGCUACAACGAGACGGCGAUGGUCCAGGACGCGGAAUACUGGGGCACGGACAGUCGCCGUAGCGUGAUGCGGGUGAUCGGGGACAUCCUCGACGGCGACGGCGCCGACGUGCCGCUCACGUUCCUCAACAUCACCCAGCUGUCCAUGUACCGCAAGGACGCGCACACCUCCAUCUACAAGAAGCAGUGGAACCCGCUGACGGCCGAGCAGCUCGCUGACCCCAAGAGCUACGCCGACUGCGUCCACUGGUGCCUCCCGGGCCUCCAGGACACGUGGAACGAGCUCCUCUACACCAAGCUCUUCUACCCUUGAUAAUCACUACUAGGUUGCACUACUAGCUAGUUACCAUUCGAGAUCGACCUUCAGGUAGAAAGAAACUGUCAAGAGAGUAGUUCAAGUGGUAAAUGUUUACUAGACGGAAUUGCGCGCCUUGCCGCGCCGGUUCUUUUUUUUCUGUAAAGAAUAAGCAUUUUCAGAAUACACUGCUACAAAGAAUACACA